AUGGAGCCUUCGAUAUCGCCCUGGCUGCGGCAUCCCCGGCCUUGUCUCGACCUCUCGGCCGUGGCCAGAAAACCCCAACAUCGACUCCUUCCAAGAGAUCGCCGAGUCGCACGGGCUGCGCGAGGUGGUGACGGAGCUGCCCACGAACCGCUGCAUGUGGUAAUCUGUGGCGCGGGAGUUAUUGGCUGCUCCACGGCCUACUACCUACGGAGGCUCGGAGAGACCCGGAAGCGGCCUGUGAAGACUCUGGUGGUCGACCGGAAGGGCGUUGGUGAGGCUGCCACCGGCGUGGCGGCAGGCUUCCUUCCGCGCGAGUUUCACAACGGUCCGGACGACCAACUCCACGACAGAGGCUUCCUGGAAAUGCGUAAGUUGGCUGCGGAGCUGGAACUCAAGACUUACAAGCCCCUUCCCGGCUGGCUGGUGAGGCCCGACUCCAGUGCUGGGGCACCGGCCGGCACUGCGCCGUGGCUCGAUGGCGAGGUCAGCAUCACCCAACAGAUUGGCGAGGCCGCACAAGUGGACCCCUCGGAGCUGACGUCCGCGCUCUUUGGCGCCUCAGGAGCAGAGCUCCGGCCUGGUGCCGUGCGAGGCAUCGAAGAAGUCAGCGACUGGGGCAACCAUCGCUUGACUGGAAUCCGCAUCGACGACGACGUCGUGCGCUGCGAUGUGGCGGUCGUCGCCAUGGGUCCAUGGUCGGUGUUGGCGGAGGACUGGUUCCAGGGCUUUCGCGUGCCACUCCUUGGAACAUUGGGCUCCAUGGCAUUCUAUGAUCGACCUGCCGGCAGCGUGGACAGCGCCAUCGCCAUCUCUCAACCAGAUGAUGAGGGCCGCGAUCUCAUGGUCACUGCUCGAGCUGAUGGCAAGAUCACCUGCCUCGGGGUGCAGGGCGGCCACAAGGUGCUGACUGGUCAGGACCUUCGACAAAUCAACCCGGAGGAUGUGCUUCCUGUCCAAGAGGAUCUUGAGGCUGGUCGCCAUGCGUUCGAGCGAUUGUCUUCGCUGGCUCGCGGUGAGGCGCCGGGCUCGAUAGGAGCGGGCGUGCGCUCCGUCAUGACGAACCGCGCGCCGAUGAUUGGACGGAUUCCAGGCUACGGAGGCACGGCUUACGUGGCCUGUGGCCACAAUGCUUACGG